AUUAUUUUCAAGUAGAAAAGCAAACAGUUCAUUCCACAUUGCGGAUACUGUGAGUGUUACGUGUUACUAUUAUGUUACCUGCUUAAUUGACUUUGUAAGGCACUAGUUGUGUACUGCAAGAAUGACACGCCCAGUUCCUUUCCUGAUGACUGGAAUCUUCGCAGUAGUGCUGGUGGCUUGUGUGGUCCACAAGGCAGCUGCAGCAGAUUUGCGACACGUGACCGAACCCAAAAUCCCAGCAGCCUGCAUGUCCCUAAUAGGGACUGGCGGUGACGAGACUGCAGUCCUCCAGAAAGCCCUCAACUCCUGCGGCAAAGGAAAAGCCGUCCAUCUGGCGUCCGGUAACUUCAUCUCCGGCCCACUGACCAUCCCUUCCGGAGUCGGUCUGUGGAUCGACAGCGGGGCGGUGCUGAAGGCCAGCUCGAACGCUAAGCUGUUCGACAAGGGCAGGAACAUAUGUGGCACUGUGAGCAAGGAGUACAAUGGCUGUAACCCCUUGAUCAGCAUGAUGAACGUGGUUGGCAGCGGGAUAUACGGCAAAGGGAAGAUCGACGGCCAGGGCGGCAUCAAGCUGACGGGGAAGAGUCAGAGCUGGUGGGACCUGGCCCACGAGGCACAGGUCAAGAACGAGUACCAGAACAACCCCACAUUGAUCGAGAUUGAUGCAUCGAGGGACAUUACGCUGUAUCAAGUGGCCAUCAACAAUGCACCUAAUUACCAUGUCAUCAUCAAUCAGUCUAACGGCACCACCAUAUGGGGGGUCAGCCUCUACACGCCUGCCUCAGCCCGCAACACCGACGGCAUCGACCCGUCGGGAUCGCAGAACAUCACGAUCGCCCACAGCAGCAUCAGCACCGGGGACGACAACAUCGCCAUCAAGGCAGGACGCGGCCCGUCCAGAUACAUAUCGGUGACCAACAACCACUUCGGCGCGGGCCACGGCAUGUCAAUAGGGAGCGAGACGAACGCGGGGGUUAGCCAUGUGACAGUGACCACGCUCACCCAGCAGAACUCGCUCAACGGGCUGCAAAUCAAGAGCGAUCGCUCGAAGGGCGGUCUGGUCACAGACAUCAGCUACACAGAUGUCUGCCUCAGGAACGUCACCAACCCCAUCGUCCUGAAUACAGAGUACAGUAAAACUGCGACUGGCAACCUGAUACCAGUGUACAAGGACAUUAUCUUCCACAACAUCAGAGUGCUGACUCCGGGAAAGUUCACCUUUGAUGGGUUCAGCGAUGACAAACCCAUCCAGGUAACACUGAAAAACGUGGUCAUCACGAAAGGGUCUAUUUGGGUGACAAAACACGCAAAUAUUACCGGAAAGUAUGUUGAAGAAGCGAUUAGCAGCAGUUUGCACUGUUGACGUCCUGAGUGCCAUUAUUUUAUGUGAAUAUCCUAUGAGUAAUAAAUAAAAUAUGAAGUAUACCGA